AUGUCUACAGUUAAAGGUUCAUUAGACUGGGACAACUUAAAGUAUGAGUUACAUCCUUGGUUGAAGGAAGCUAUUGUUUCUUUAGGAUUCCCAACCAUGACACCCGUUCAAGCUUCCACUAUACCUUUAUUAAGUGGUUCUAAAGAUGUGAUUGUAGAAUCAGUCACUGGAUCAGGUAAGACAUUAGCCUUUGCAAUCCCAAUACUACAAAAAUUGUCGAAAUUCUUAUACGAAGAAGGUGAAACAUUAAAGAAAGGACAUUUCUUUGGUCUUGUACUUUGUCCAACUAGGGAAUUAGCCAACCAAAUCCAGUCAGUGUUUGAAUCAGUAAUUCAGUAUUUAGAUGAAGACAAAAUACCUAUAAAAACUCAAUUAUUAGUUGGUUCAUUAGGCCAAGUUAGAGAAGAUUUAGCUAAAUUCAAAGAAAAUCAACCACAGAUUUUAAUAGCCACCCCAGGUAGAUUCCUUGAUUUCAUUUCUUCCCAAACGGUGAAGACAAAUUCCCUUGAAAUUGUAGUAUUAGAUGAAGCAGAUAAGUUGUUGGAUAUAUCUUUCAACAAAGAUGUGAUCAACAUCCUUUCAAAAUUACCCAAACAGAGAAGAACAGGAUUAUUUUCUGCCACAUUAUCAGCAGCUGGUGAUACCAUAUUUCGUACAGGAAUGACAAAUCCUGUUAGAAUUACCGUCAAAGGGAAAACCACCGAAAACAAUGCUCCAAAAAGUUUAAAUAUCAGCUAUAUGAUGGUAGAGCCAAUAAGGAAAAUAACUACUCUCCUUAAAUUGGUUGAAGAUUAUAAGUUCAAGAAAGCCAUAGUAUAUUUCCCCACCUGUACUUCAGUGAAAUAUUUCUAUCUUUUAUUCAAACAUCUUUUGCCUGAAGAUAUCAAUGUGAAAUUUCAUUCCUUACAUGGCCAAUUGACCACCAAAUCAAGAUUGAAAACCUUGACGAAUUUCACAGAUGCAGAAACUUAUGAACAGAAACAAGUACUUAUGACUACAGAUGUUGCAGCCAGAGGUAUUGAUGUUCCUGAUGUUGAUUUGGUUAUACAGUUGGAUCCACCAACUGACCCUGAUGUUUUCUUACAUAGAUGUGGAAGAACUGGUAGAGCCAAUAAAGUCGGUCAAGCUAUCACGUUUUUGAAUAAAAAUAGUAUGGAAGAUGAAUAUGUCGAUUUCAUGAGAGUGAAGAAUGUUAUUUUGAAGGAAGUUAAGGAAGUUAUUAAUGCAGACCACGACAAGUUUUAUGAUAAAGUUCGUCAAUUCAUGUUGGCUGAUAGAGCUCGUCAUGAAUUGGCUAUUAGGUCAUAUGUUGGGUUUGUGAAAUAUUAUACCAAACAUCUUGCUUCAUCUAUUUUCAGAAUUGGAUUGUUGGAUUAUCUUGGAUUAGCUAAGAUGUAUGGAUUAUUAAGAUUACCUAAAAUGCCUGAGACAAAACACAUCAGUAACGAUCUCAUGCCUGAAGAUGGUUGGUUAGGCGAAGUAAUUGACAUGGACAAAUACUCAUAUCUUGAUGAAACUAAGGAGUUGGAAAGAGUAGAGAAUCUAGAAUCAGAAAAACAGAAAAGGAUUCAAGAUUCUAAAAGGAGGAAAGAGUUGAAAGCCAAAAAUGAAGCAUGGUCCCAAAAGACAGAUAAGAAGGAAGGAAAACAAGAGAGAAAGGAGAAGAUGAAAAGAAAAAGAGAAGCCAUAGAGAAACAAAUAAUGGAAGAAUCAAGUGACGAUGAAGAGACUGAAGUCGACUGGAAGGAAAUGGUUAGAGCUAAUAAGAAGAAAAAGACUGAAGUAGCGGCUUUCGAUGACUUAUAG